AUGGGCGGCGCGACCCCGUCGGCAGCAGCAGCGGCGGCGAGUGGGUCCCCCCAGCACAACGUGCGCGUGCCGAACGGAUGUUGCCUCAACUGCGUGAGGGGCCACCGGCUGUCGCCCGACGACCCGUCAGUGAAGCACGCGUUGAAGGACUGCCCGCGGGAUCGCAUGCUCAAAUGCCCCAACACCAGGUGCGGCGGGGUGCACUCGGCGAGUGAGUGUCCGCUGAAGGCCAACACGUAG